GACUGUAGAGUGUCCAAGGAGUAAUAUUUCAUGCGCAAGCGUCAUAUUCUCUCUCUCAUUUACGGCCAAGCUCGUUGCAUUAGGGAGUCUCCUACCAUUAACGGCAAAACUCGAUAUGUAUACUGGUUGGCGUUCGUAUUCUGAUCUGUUUGGGAUAGCCACCGAAUUUAGACGGACGUCUCGGCUACCGCCAGUACGUCUUCACAAGCCGCAAUCAAAUGCCCACGUCUCGCUUAUAUUACAGGGGAUCGAGCAACUCAUUGUGAUACCCUUUCACCAUGAAGCAGUUCCCGCUUGACAAGACGUUCAUUAUUUCGAUAUGGCUUGAGGCCCUCAUUUACGGAUUUUUCCUUUGUCUUUUCUGCGCCUCACUCUAUGUGAAUCUCACUCUUCGUCGUUCUCAAGAUGGUCAUAGUAAGACAAUGUUUAUCAUCGGUAUAGUUAUGUUCGUCAUCGCGACGAUGCACCUUGGCAUGAACUGUUUCCGAAUGAUCCGGGGAUACGUUGAUCAUGCUGAUACUCCUGGAGGUGCUGUUGCGUACCUGGGUAAUCUCGCUCCAUGGGACCACAUCUUUAAGGAUACCCUCUACGCAACGCAGGAAAUUUUUGGUGAUGCUGUCGCGAUCUACCGUUGCUGGGUGAUUUGGGGUCACAAUUGGAAAAUCGUAGCGCUUCCCAUCGCACUCUUCAUCGUCAGCUGCAUCUCCGGUUACACGGUUUGUGGAUUGUACCCAUCUGUUCACCCAGAGGAUACUGUCUUCAAUCCUCGACUUACCCAAUGGAUCAAAGUCUUCUACGCGGUCGCGGUUGUACAGUCCACUAUCAUCACGGGUCUCAUGGCGUACCGCAUCUGGCAAACCGACAAGAAGACGGCUUCGUAUCGCACUGCGAGCUCCAAUUUGAUGCCUGUCCUUCGUAUUCUGAUCGAGUCUGCGUCUCUCCAAUUGGUAGUUGAGGUUAUCCUUCUCGGUUUGUACGCUGCAGACUAUAACGCUCAGUACAUCAUGCUGGAAAUAGUCACCCCAAUUGUGGGAAUCACGUUCACGGCAAUCACCAUCCGUAUAACCCUCCGUGCGUCCGGUGCCCUCACUUCCAGCCAGCAUGGUCCCUCUGCGAGUGGCGGAAUGCGAUCAGACCCUCACAUGCCCCCUCACGUGGCGUCCAGAACUCAUAACAUUCCUAUGCAAUCCAUUUCUAUCAACAUCACGAAGGAUGUUGAGAACCGCCAGGACGAUGCCAGCGACAAAACGACGAAGGUUAUCUAUGAUACAGAUAAUACGAGGGGAUUUUAUAAUCCCUCAUAGAUCCCUUGAGCGUCCCUGGGAUAUUGUACUCUUCAUCGUCUCAUUGCUUUCAGCUCCGAGUUGUAUCGCUGUUAGGUGGUUUUCAGCAUUUAGGUUGUAGAGUGCAGUGAGAUUUGGAUCUCCCGUGUAAAUUAUUGCUUCAUGGUAUUCAAAAGGGUCUUGGUACUUCCUUUGAAUUUAGGCGAACGAGAGGUCG